AUGUCUACAAUCGUGUCCUCUAUGGAUAGAAUUCGCGCAGCAGCGGCCGAACGAGAGCAGCUCCUCUCUAUUAUCACUGCCACUGACGAUACCGCAGCUAAUCUAACCCAACUAAAACUCGACAUCGCUGCACUUAAAAACCCAUGUUAUGAUGCACAUGCAUUAUAUAGCGAAUUGAGCGCCCGGAUCGAACGGGAACAGAAAGAAUUUGAAGAUCUACGAGAUAGCCGCACGAAAAAGCUGUUUGGUGGCUCAAAGUAUAAGGAGAAACUUGUCAAGGAGGAAAAUGACGUGACAGAGUUGCUGGAGUGGCAGGCCAAGGCGGACAAGACACGCAAAGAGCUCAUGUCAAGCUGGAUGACAUGA